CCAGCCACAUGCUGCUCCAGCUUUUACAGGAAAGACUGGAGUGAAUCUUCUUGGCCUCGUUUGUGGUGUACUCAAUUCUGCCCGAAUCCUUGGACUGGCUCGCUACUAGUAGGCCCAUACAAUCGCCCACCGAAGGCUCGCGAGAUCGGCCUUUGGCCUUUGCUUCUGGAAGAGAGAGAAGAGAGGGGGAGACAGGGAAGCGGGAGAAAGGAUACUAACAUGGGAGGCGGGCACGGCGAUGGCCAUGGCGUCACGUACAAGGGCCUCACGCUUUAUCCGCCCAAGAGAUGGCAUGUGGUCACCGGCAAAGGCCUGUGCGCCGUCAUGUGGUUUUGGGUGCUAUACAGGGCCAAGCAAGAUGGUCCCGUACUCUUGGGUUGGCGUCGUCCAUGGGAGGGACAUGAAGACCAUGAGGAUGAUCAUGAGCAUGCACAUUCGGUAUAUACAGUUAUACACUAUACAAUGCUUUUUAUAUUGAUCGUGGGUUGGAGGAGCAGUCCUUUCCCACUGUCUCACUGGAGGAUGGAAACACAAUCGUGGGAGCAAUUUGUGGGUAGGAUAUCUUCAGGUUUUUCAAGUGAAAUUAUGCUUGAGGUCUGAUGGUGAAUGUCAGACAGCUAGAGGUCACUGGAGCUGUGGACAGAAACAGAGAGGUUAGGAGGGUGCAGCUGACAACAAAUCGGUAGCGUGAUGAGAGAGUUUCCUGGUAGGGGAAGGAUUGUUCUUUGGGAGUUUGCAUACUCUUCCGACUAUAUAUCAACUUGAUAGAGUUUUGGGGUAGGUUCCUCUUCCAUUAAAGUUUGCUUGUCUCUUUUGAUGCACAGAGGUGUGUCCAAUUUGUAGGAAUAGGCAGCAGGAUGCGUCAGGUAUUGGAAGACGGAUGGAUUGAGCUGCAACGAGUGGUGGAGAGGGGAGAGGGUGAACGAUAACAGGGAGGAGGGCUCAAGGGGGAGUGUAGAGAUUGAGGAUGACAAUGAUGAUGAGGAGGACAUGUCUGUGGACAACCGCAGGAUCCUGCAGAGGGAGAAACUUCUGCCUCUGCUAUCACAAUGCAGUGUCCAGUUAUCGAAAAGUGUCACUGUUUGAAUAUGUUUUCAGGGAACACCAGAAGUUACGUUGAUAUUUCAUCCUGAAAUAAAAAAAGGAAAGUCUAUCCUUUUCAACAUUCUCAAACUUUUGGUGUGUUCCAGUUUUAUUAGGAUAUUAAGCAUUGAUUGAAGGAUGUUGUGUAUUGAGUGGUUGGAUGGCUUUGCACAUAGGACGUGCCUCAGAUAAGGUUUCUUCGUGUUUGUUUUUUAUGAUUACUUGAAUGGUCUACUUGGACAGUUCAUGAAUGUUUUUAUUCUGUUUGGUCUAGAUAUGAGA